ACCAUCCUAAAUUAGAGGAAAAGAAAGACUCGAAGACUUAAACUGAAACUCUUGCUUUGAACUCUGAACCUUCAAACCAAUUGCGUUACACAGCGUAAUCCUAUUGAUAUUAUGAUUGAUCAGUUCAUAAACCCAUUCAGCAAAAUUAAUUGCGUCAAAUAAACAAGAUAAUUGCCAAGUCAAGGGAAAAACCAUUUUUUUUUAAGUUCUAUUUGUUGCUGAUAUAAUGAAGGUUGACCAUCAGUAGCAAUAGCAAAAGAAUGGCGUUAGUUACAGGAGGAAGAACACAAGCAGAAACAGAUGAUUCAGCUGACUAUGCAGAGACUGAUCCUACUGGUCGUUAUGCUCGGUUGAAUGAAAUUUUGGGAAAAGGCGCGGUGAAAACAGUAUAUAAAGCAAUAGAUGAAGUGUUGGGUAUAGAAGUGGCAUGGAACCAAGCAAAGAUUAAGGAUGUAUUGCGUUCUCCAGAACAGUUGGAACGCCUUUACUCGGAAGUCCAUCUGCUUAGCACCCUUAAUCAUGAUUCUAUCAUCCGUUUCUACACUUCUUGGAUUGACACCAAGAACAGGACCUUCAAUUUCAUUACAGAACUCUUCACUUCUGGCACUCUUAGACAGUACAGGGAGAAAUAUAAGAGGGUAAACAUCCAAGCUAUUAAGAGGUGGUCUCGCCAAAUCUUACAGGGCCUUGUUUACUUGCACGGUCAUGAUCCUCCAGUCAUUCAUAGAGAUCUCAAGUGCGAUAACAUCUUUGUUAAUGGUCAUGUUGGCCAAGUCAAGAUUGGUGAUCUCGGAUUGGCAGCACUUCUCAGUGGCUCCAAAUCUGCCCACGCUAUUAUAGGUACACCUGAAUUUAUGGCACCUGAGCUAUAUGAAGAGGAUUACGAUGAGUUGGUUGAUGUAUACUCAUUUGGCAUGUGCUUACUCGAGAUGUUAACUCUGGAAUAUCCAUAUAGUGAAUGUGUCAAUCCUGCACAUAUAUACAAGAAAGUCACAAUGGGUAAGUUACCAACAGCAGUAAAUCUGAUUCAAGACAAGGAAGCACAACAAUUUGUUAAAAAGUGUUUAGCCCCCAAAACCAAGAGAUUGUCUGCAAGUGACUUACUUCUAGACCCGUUUCUUUCAUCAGUUGCUGGUGAUUUAUUGCUCACCAAAGUUAAAGAAAGCGAAAAUCCUAUUCUUAAUAGCUCGUCCAAUCUGGGAAAGUUGAUGCUGGUUGAUACUCUACCAAGGACUAAUAUGACAAUUACCGGGACACUGAAACCCAAAGAUGGUAUCAUCUUUCUCAAGGUGCAGAUUUCAGAUGGACAUGGUCCUGCACGGAACAUAUUCUUCCCAUUUGACAUAAUAAGUGAUACGCCGGAAGAGGUUGCAUUAGAGAUGGUGCAGGAGCUGGAAAUCACUGAUUGGGACCCAAAAGAAAUAGCAGAAAUGAUUGAGGCUGAAAUUUCUGUUUUGAUGCCACAUUGGAAGAGACCGGUGUCAUCUAGGUCCCAACCUUACGAUUACCAAGAAUACAACUAUGAUGGGGCUCGUGGUUUGUAUAAUUCUUCAUCAUGCUCAUCUUCCAUAGCUUCAGCUUCAGGGGUGCUUUCUUCUCACGAGAGUGACCAGUUAUUUCUUGAGGAUUUCCCUGAUGAAUGCAGCUCUUACAGCUCAACGCGUACUGAUAAGACCACUAACUUGAGUUGCAGUUCAAUUGCUGAUGUAGAAGGUUUUACAGGCUGUAAGAGAAAGAGUUCAAAGGACAAGCACCGGUUGACUAGGAAUCGUUCACUUAUAGAUGUGCAGAGCCAAAAACUUCACCGGUCAUUGUUAGAAGAGGUAAUGAAAAAGAGAUUAUCUAAAACAGUUGGGGCUGUGGAGAACAUUGGGUUCCAAUCCCCAUUUAAUAUCUCAACUAGUCAGGGCAGAAGGCUAGCUCAGACUACCAGAGAUGAUAAAAGGCAGGGAAAAAUUAGACCUGAUGAAGCUCUUAAAAAGUAAUCGUAGGGAGAGGAUUAAAUCAUCAGAAUUCUUUAGUCAUGUCCCAUUGGCAUGUUUACGCUCUGCAUGUAUAUUAAUCUGUCAUAAAAUUUUAGUUAAACUGUAUUCUAUUUAUAUGUUCUUGCUACGAUCCUCUACUUGGUUUACGGGCUAGGAUUGAACCACCACUUAUUCUCCCAUAUUGAACCUCCAUUACUGUAUGAUGAGAGUGUUCUAAUACCACUGUAAUGACUGCUUCCAAGCUUAAAUAAGAAACUUAUAUUGAUAAGA